AGCACAGUUUUGCUUGUUGAGUUUUCCCUUGGCAGAAGGAAACUGUUUUGUGUGCAGUGAUCUCUCGGGCUGACAGGGCAAAGCGAAAAAACGUCAACCCGUCGCCAACUGGGUCGAAAUUGUGCUGCAAGUUGUUGCCGAUUUCAGCCAAAUCGAGGAAAAGGGAAUUGUUCCUGUGUUGAAAUUUUUCUCUGAAAUACAUUUUUGUCAUUGACCUGCCGUUUUAAUCCGUAAACACUAUCACGAUGGCUAUGAUGAAAGCCACCAAGUGUCCCACGGACGAACUUUCGCUCAAGAACAGAGCGAUCGUCAACAGCUCGGAUUUUACGGAAGACAUUAAGUACAUCGACGUAUCGACCGCACCCGGUGCGCAUUUCAUCUUUUCGGUGGAGCGCUGCCACGACGUGCCGAAUUACUGCAUCGGCUUUUCGCUGCUGCAGCGCAAGUGGGCAACUCUGUCAAUUAAUCAGGACAUAUCUGUGAAACCUUUUAACUUUGAGCGUACUUCGGAAGUUUUGACCAACGUUUCGAUCGAGGUGGACUUUCUGCAGAAGAAGACGACCACGCUGGAGCCGUACGAUAGCGACCAGAUGGCAAAGGAUUUUAUUCUGCAAUUUUCCGGACUGGCGUUGACCGUUGGUCAGCCGCUGGUGUUUAGUUUCAUGGAUAAGAAGUUGCUUGGGCUGUGCGUGAAGUCGCUCGAGGCGAUCGAUGCCAGCGCCAGCAUGCAAGGCGACAAGGGCAAGGCCGAGCCGAGGAAGACGCAAUUUGGCCGGUUGCUGGGCAAUACGACGGUAACGUUUGAGAAGGCGGAGAAUUCGUCGCUGAAUUUGGUUGGUAAAGCCAAGGGCAAGGUGGUGCGGCAGUCGAUCAUCAACCCGGACUGGGACUUUGGAAAAAUGGGCAUCGGUGGUUUGGACAACGAGUUCAACGCCAUCUUCAGGCGUGCAUUCGCUUCGCGAGUCUUUCCACCGGAGAUUGUGGAACAGCUGGGAUGUAAGCACGUGAAGGGUAUUCUAUUGUACGGCCCGCCCGGAACCGGUAAGACCCUGAUGGCUCGCCAGAUUGGUAACAUGUUGAACGCCCGCGAGCCGAAGAUCGUCAACGGUCCGCAGAUUUUGGACAAGUACGUCGGCGAGUCGGAAGCUAACGUUCGUCGUCUGUUUGCUGACGCCGAGGAGGAGGAGAAGCGGCUCGGUCCCAACAGCGGACUGCACAUCAUCAUCUUUGACGAAAUCGAUGCCAUCUGUAAGGCGCGAGGCAGUGUUGGCGGCAACAGCGGAGUGCACGAUACAGUGGUGAACCAGCUGCUGGCCAAGAUUGACGGUGUCGAGCAGUUGAACAACAUUCUCGUUAUCGGCAUGACCAACAGACGGGACAUGAUUGACGAGGCCUUGAUGCGUCCGGGUCGACUCGAGGUGCAGAUGGAGAUCAGUUUACCUGAUGAGAAGGGUCGCUUCCAGAUCUUGAACAUCCACACGAGGCGCAUGCGUGAGUUUAAGAAGAUUAAUCCCGAUGUGGAUAAUAAGGAACUGGCAACGCUAACGAAGAACUUCAGCGGUGCCGAACUGGAAGGUUUGGUCCGUGCCGCUCAGUCUACGGCCAUGAACCGCUUGAUCAAGGCCGCCUCGAAGGUCGAAGUCGACCCCGAAGCCAUGGAAAAGCUGCUGGUGAACCGUUCCGAUUUCCUGCACGCCCUCGAGAACGACAUCAAACCGGCCUUUGGAACGGCGCAAGAAGCGCUUGAGAGUUACCUUAUCCGCGGUAUCGUCAACUGGGGUCUUCCGGUGGCACACGUGCUGGAGGAUGGCGCCCUGUACACCCAGCAGGCACGCGCAUCCGAGAGUUCCGGACUGGUGUCGAUCCUGCUGGAGGGACCACCCAACUCGGGCAAGACGGCGUUGGCCGCCCAGCUCGCCAAGAUGUCCGACUUUCCGUUCGUCAAGGUGUGCACGCCGGAUGAGAUGGUCGGUUUCACCGAGAAUGCCAAGUGUCUGCAGAUUCGGAAGUACUUUGACGAUGCGUACCGUUCGACGCUCAGCUGUAUUCUGGUGGACAACAUCGAACGGCUGCUGGAUUACGGUCCGAUUGGGCCGCGGUACUCUAACUUGACGCUGCAGGCCCUGCUGGUUCUGCUGAAGAAGCAACCGCCCCGCGGCAAGAAGCUGCUCAUUCUGUGCACCACCAGUAGAAGACAAGUGCUAGAAGACAUGGAAAUGCUGUCGGCGUUCACGGCCGUCCUGCACGUCCCGAACCUGUCCCAGCCGGAGCACAUUCUUUCGGUGCUGGAGCAGGAAUCGGACGUAUUCAGCAAGUCCGAUCUGUCCACCAUCUACAAGCGCAUGAAGGGUCACAAGGUCUUUGUCGGCAUCAAGAAGCUGCUCGACCUGAUCGACCUGUCGCGGCAAACCGAACCGCAGCAGCGAGUGAACAAAUUCCUCACCAAACUGGAGGAGGAAGGAGCGCUCGAUGCUGGAACUUCCAUCCACUAACUUAUAACCGGAGGGUAGCUAUGGGAUCUAAGUAUUAUCUCUUUCAACGACACAUUUUAAAAGGACAACUUCGUCUUUGCUCUAUAGCUGACUUGGGCUUACACAGUCAGAUUAUGCUAAUAAGAUGUUUCUUUUAGCAACUCAUCUUAAGAAUAUUAAAAAAAGAGCGGUUGCGCCGAAAAUGCUAUCAAUUAAACAGGCUAAUGUUGUUAUAUAUACAAAACAAAAAUUUAGAAAGGAAACAAAUAAUUACAACUACACCACAGGCCACCAAGAGGAUAUUGAUAUUUACAGAUUUUCUUCUACGCUAAAUUAGUGUUGCUGCAUUUUCCAAUAGUCUUAGCUAGAGACAUACAGAGAGUCUGCAACAGAAAAAAAGAGGCAUCAUCUAUCUCUUUGGUUUCGUUCACCGUACAACAAGCAAGUCAGAGAUGAUCAUCAUCGAUGCAGAGCGCGAAUAAAAUGGUUCUUAUUUUGUUCAACUCGAAACUCCAAAAAGCCUUUGUUCUUAAUCUUCUAGAUGUGUGUUGUGUGCGCGUAACUUUUUGUUAUUUAAUUGUAAGUUUACUGUCGUGUAGAAAACAAAGCAAACAAAACGCGACUGCGUGAACUACCUUACGCAAUCGCACCUGAGUUACCCUUCGUGAAUGGAAAUAAUGAAUAAAAAGAAUACCAAUUGUAAUUUUAACAAAUGCGCUAGUUAAAGAGAGUAGAAACUCGCCCAUUUUGCUUCUCCUCACAGACGCCCAUCCUGAUUCUAUUUGACGCACUUGUUUUGUUUAACAGAAGAAGAUAAAAAAACACGCAAUAACGUCGAUCGGUUAUGAACCUGGUUGAGACACGAUCAUUACAGAUAGUUUCUCUUGUUGCAGCAAACGCGCAUUGUGCGUAAAGUUUAAAUUUUUAGCCAAAUCAGUUGUACAUUCCAUGAAAGCUUGUUGCUUACAUACUGAGUUUAUUAGAAAUCAUUUAUGGAAAAGGAAAGAGGCAAGGUGAUUAUUGUGUGCAUGAAUAGUGGACAGAUAAUUACAAUAACGCUACA